CGUUCGCUGCUCCAUGGAUCCUCCCUCCCAGAACGUGAAUAUCUCGGUCCUUCCUCCGAAGAAGAAAGGCAAGCGAAAUUACGCGUCGAAGGAGGCAGCUAAAAAAUCUACCAAGGAGUUGCACGAGGGUAUUGAUAAGAUCAGGGACCUGGUGCAGCUAGAGACCGCUGCACUUGCAGAACGUCUAGGGAUAAAUGAGAUACAUGUCAAGCGCUUGGUCACCGAUGGAUAUCAGAAGAAGACACGCGCUCCGAACGCGUUCAACGCGAAGGUCCAUGCCCUUAGCAAAGCAGCGAAAGAGAAUGGCCAAGUUCUAGGACGUGACGCGCUCGCGGCACUCGCGAAAGAAGCUGCAGCGCAAAUGGACACCGAAGAGCAGGAUGAAGAAGAACGAGAGGCUGAGCUGGAAGCGCUCAAGAAGCAUCGUGAUGCGCUUGCAAAACCUCGGGUGAAGUGGGUGAGCGAGAAUCAGGUUCAGGCUGAUAUACAACAUACCUUCGAGACUGUGGAUAGGGAGCUUUCAGGGUGUUUCGAGAGGGCUGAAAUGGAAUACGCCGUUGUGGUCUGCAAACGUAUCGCUAUGGAUAACUUCCCCGCGUUGGUUAGUGCCUCUCCUGCUAUGCGUCAGGCCAUGCUUGCUGUCACCAAGGGUACCUUCGACAAGCUCGUCUUGAAGGCCGAAGGUUUCAUCAUAUCUGGAGUAGAAGGUGCAUUGGCAGCAACCGGUGCGGACGGAAAGAAGGCGGCUUACAAGUCACAAAUCGUUUGUACGAUUCGUGACCUGUUCAGAGUCCUUUGGCUCCAGAAGAAUCCCGACAAAUCUAGCGAGGACGCACCAACACAGAUAGCGUACAAGAAGUAUCGGCAAUUUCGCGCAGAACACGGUCUCGAGCUCGUCGGUUAUCCUCUCGACCAGAGGACUGAGAGUGGCGAUCUCAUCAAUCCCAACCAGUUCCGCCACAUCGACGAGUACAAGAACCUGCAUUACGAUGUAACGCAUGGUAGAGUUCACUGGAGGGAGCUGUCUGAUGUUGAGUGGAAGGCGGCACAAGACGAGAUGCGUGUGAGUGGUGUUUCAGCUCAGACGAAGAAGGCGAGGAAGAAAGCGAAUGAAGCUGUAAAGGAGGCUGCGAACAAGAGUGCGGGGUCGUCAAAGUCGAGGUCAAAGAAGAGGAAGACGCCGACUAGCCAAGAGACAGUUCCCGAUGAGCAUAUGGGCGAGGGAAUUACUUCGAGUGGAUAGAGUAGUCUAGAAUACUGCUUUCCUCCCGUAAAAAUAUAUCUAUGGGUUGUAGUCCCAGAGUGAUAGCC